AUGUCGCUCGAGGCAAUUCAAUUUGACAGGUCGCAUCGUGAUGACAUAUCUGUUAGGGUACUGGACCAGCUCUUGCUGCCUUACACCACAAAAUAUGUGCCGAUAUACACAAUCGACGAUGGCUACACGGUGAUCAACACGAUGCAGGUUAGAGGUGCGCCCGCGAUCGCGAUCGUGGGAGCCCUCGCUGUGCUGAUGGAGAUCCAGCUUCUGCAGAACGACGGGUUUGCGAGGACGCAGACUUUCUACGAUAUUUCCAGUUUCGAGUUGACUCGCAGCGCGCUGUCGCAGAGACUAGACUUCCUGCUGAGCAGCCGGCCCACCGCUGUGAACCUGUCGAACGCGCUACGCGAGAUCCGCGUGCUGCUCGCGCAGAGCGCCGGCCUGGCCGCCUUCGGCAACGGCGUGUACGACUUCGUGUGCCGCUUGAUCGACGAGGAUCUCACCAACAACGUCAAAAUGGGCGACAACGGGGCCGCGUUCCUGCUCGACGCGCUGCAGCAGGAGGGCUUCGACGAGGACUUUGCCGUUCUCACAAUCUGCAACACGGGCUCGCUAGCUACCUCGGGCUACGGAACCGCUCUGGGCGUCGUGCGCUCGCUGUGGAACGACUCGCUUGCCAAGAGCCAGGCGCCGGGAGACGGCAGCGCGAAGAAGCGCAAACUCAACCAGGGCCGCGCGAAGAUGGUCCAGGUCUAUCCGCUGGAGACGCGCCCCUACAACCAGGGCGCGAGGCUGACGGCCUACGAGCUCGUCCACGACCAGAUUCCUGCGACGCUGAUCCCGGACAGCUCUAUCGCCUACCGCAUCGCGACUAGCCCCGUGCCCAUCAAGGCCGCGUUCGUGGGCGCCGACAGAAUUGUCCGCAACGGUGACACUGCCAACAAGAUCGGCACGUACCAGUUGGCCCUGGUUUGCAAGCAUUUCGGCAUCAAGUUCUUCGUGACUGCCCCAAAGACAACGAUUGACAGCAAGACGGAGACCGGCGCUGGAAUUGUUGUGGAGGAGCGCAAGCCCAACGAGUUCAAGCACGUCUCGGGCACCCUUAUCGACAGCCAGACCGGCUUGCCGUGUGUGGAUAAUCAGGACAAGCCUGUAUCCGCGAGCGUCGGAGUCGCGCCGUCCGAGAUCGACGUCUGGAACCCUGCUUUCGACAUCACCCCUCAUGAGCUAAUAGACGGUAUAGUGACCGAAGACGGAGUUUUUACAAAGAGCGCCAGUGGCAGCUUCGACCUCACCAACCUUUUUGCUUAA